AUGAAUCAACCUACUACUCUCUCAGUCAUCACUAUGCCAAUUCCUGGCACUUGUUAUGCUCCUAAGAAGUUCAAGGGAGACUAUACUCGUGUCAGGGAUUUUGUUCUCCACUAUAUGAGUGCAUCUGUCAUGCAAACAAUGUCACUCCUGACAAUGAAAAAUGCUCAAGCAUUCUCCAAUACUGCUCCACAUAUAUUCUACUUUGAUGCUGCAAAGGCAGAGGCCAAAUUUUUAGAGCAUCAUCUUAAACAGUUGGUUGAUGCUUUGCACAAGAAGAGAAUGGGCUCUCUGGACAAUUUCAAGAGCUACAUGAGGAAGUAUGUUCGCGUUGGUGGAUGGCUUCUUGCCAAAUCCAAGAUCACUCAGGACGUAUUCAAUUGCUUCUUCUGGAAAGGACUACCCAAAACCCUUUGUCAUUGUGUUGAAAACAGACUCCUUCAGAGGGAUCCUACCUUUGAUCUCUCCCAGCCUUUUGCUUUUGAUGAUGUUGUCAAGGCUGUAGAGCAUGUCCUUCGCAGAUAUUGCUUUGAUGAUGAAGAUUUUGACUCUGAUGAUUUGGAUUCAGACUUGGAUUCAGAGAACUCUUCCAGUUCUUCAGACAAUUCUUCUGACUCUGACAAAGAGGAAGAACCACCUCAUUAUAUCAGGAGAACCACCAAGCAGAAGAAAGAGAAAAAGCACACCUCUGAGACAGAGAAAGAGAGAAAGCUGUUGAGUCCUUCCAAGUUGAAGAAAACCCUUCACUCCUUGGACAAAGAAAAGCACACUGCUGUCAAGCAGGAUGGAGUAGAAACCCUUAUCAAGAAGCUGGGUCUAUGA